AUGGAGCCUUCAAGCCCCCAACAUAGUCACAUCAUUGAGGUUAAUGCAUCAAAACCUGAUGAAGAAAGAACAACACUUGGUGCAGUUAAAGUCUGUGGAGAAGCACCUUGUGGGUUUUCAGAUCUUAACAAUGCCUCUGGUGACGCAGAGGAACGCAAUGCUUCGAUGAGAAAGCUCUGUAUCGCUGUGGUGUUAUGUCUUUUGUUCAUGACCGUUGAAGUGUUUGGUGGGAUCAAAGCUAAUAGCUUGGCUAUACUAACCGAUGCAGCUCAUCUUCUCUCUGAUGUUGCUGCAUUUGCCAUCUCCUUGUUCUCCUUGUGGGCUGCUGGCUGGGAAGCGACUCCUAGGCAGACUUAUGGGUUUUUCAGGAUUGAGAUACUUGGAGCUCUUGUCUCUAUCCAGCUCAUUUGGUUGCUCACUGGUAUUCUUGUCUAUGAAGCUAUUAUCAGACUUCUUACUGAGACUAGUGAGGUUAAUGGGUUCCUUAUGUUUCUUGUUGCUGCGUUUGGGCUGUUGGUGAAUAUCGUAAUGGCUGUUCUGCUAGGGCAUGAUCAUGGUCACAGUCAUGGUCAUGGUCAUGGACACAGCCAUGGUCAUGACCAUCACACUCACGGUGGGGUGACUGUUACCACCCAUCAUCAUCAUGGUCAUGGUGAGGACAAGCAUCAUCACGCUCAUGGGGAUGUUACAGAGCAGUUGCUGGACAAAUCAAAGCCGGAUAAAGAGAAGAGAAAGAGGAACAUCAAUGUACAAGGAGCUUAUCUCCAUGUCCUUGGAGACUCUAUCCAGAGCGUUGGUGUUAUGAUUGGAGGAGGCAUCAUUUGGUACAAGCCGGAGUGGAAGAUAGUUGAUCUGAUCUGCACUCUUAUCUUUUCGGUUAUUGUCUUGGCAACAACCAUCAACAUGAUUAGAAGCAUCCUUGAGGUAUUGAUGGAGAGUACACCCAGAGAGAUUGACGCUACAAAACUUGAAAAGGGUUUGCUCGAAAUGGAAGAAGUGGUGGCUGUUCAUGAGCUUCACAUUUGGGCUAUCACAGUGGGGAAAGUGCUGCUUGCUUGCCAUGUCAAUAUCACACCAGAGGCAGAUGCAGAUAUGGUGCUCAACAAGGUCAUUGAUUACAUCCGCAGGGAGUACAAUAUCAGUCAUGUUACAAUACAAAUCGAACGGUAAAAGCAUUGUGAAACAUCUCAAGAGUCUUUUGUAUCAGUAUUAUUCUCUUUAAUAACAAUAAAAUCAAUAAAGUUGAUCGAUUUCAUAUUCUCUGUCUCUCUGCUUUUAGUUAUAGUUUUAAAGUUAUGUGUCAACUUUGUUUGGUUGAGCUCUAGUAAGCUUUUUGUCUUUUCAGAAAGUGUUGAAAAGGAC